AUACAGCAGAGCUGCCCCGCCUGCAGUCCUGCUCCGGAGCCGGCAGGGAGCAGAGCUGUGGAGCCGCCUGGUCUCCUGCGUCUGUGGGUCCAUUCUUGUGUCCUUCUGUCCAUCGAACGUGCACUGCAGGAGCAGCCACCAGGUAGAAAUCGGGCUCAGGGGCACAGAGAGACACUGACUGCUGGCCCCUCUCUGGUGGCAGCUCCUGCUCCAGCUCCCGUUCCAGAUCUUGAGGGGUGGCAUGGCAGCAAGCACAGAUGUGGCUGGGCUGGAGGAGAGCUUCCGCAAGUUUGCCAUCCAUGGUGACCCCAAGGCCAGUGGGCAAGAGAUGAAUGGCAAGAACUGGGCCAAGCUGUGCAAGGACUGCAAGGUGACUGAUGGAAAGGCUGUGACAGGAACGGACGUCGACAUCGUCUUCUCCAAAGUCAAGGGGAAGUCUGCUCGGGUCAUCAACUAUGAGGAGUUCAAGAAGGCCCUGGAAGAACUGGCAAUCAAGCGAUUCAAGGGGAAGAGCAAGGAGGAGGCCUUUGAUGCCAUCUGCCAGUUGGUUGCAGGCAAGGAACCAGCCAAUGUGGGCGUCACCAAAGCAAAAACAGGGGGUGCUGUGGAACGGCUGACCGACACCAGCAAGUACACAGGCUCCCACAAGGAGCGCUUCGACGAGAGCGGCAAGGGCAAAGGCAUUGCUGGGCGGCAGGACAUCCUGGAUGACAGUGGCUAUGUGAGUGCCUACAAGAAUGCAGGCACCUAUGAUGCCAAGGUGAAGAAGUGAGGCCUGGGAUGGCCUUCCCACCCCCCGCCCCAGCAUGGCUGCCCUGGCCAGAGGCUUAGGCUUGGGCCUAACGGGCAUGUGGAGUAAGAGAGAGCCUGGUUCCCUCCCUGCUGGACCUGCCAUCCAGAGUUUCCUGCCCAGCCCCAUGGGGCCAGCCCAUCAGGCCUCUGACCCAGACUGUUCUGUGUCCCCUUCCCCUUUUCUCCAUGACUUCUGUCCUUUUGAGGAGAGUUUGUGCCUAUAGCCUCAUCACCCCAACCUAGCCCCAGGCAUGGCUAACCAACCCCUGAUUGCUUGCCUCAUAUUUAAGCUGCUGCUCUGGCCAAUUGCCUAAUUCUUACCCAGACCUCAAUAAAGACACCUUUUGUA